AACAAACCCAUGAUUGGUAGCCGACAAGGGCCUCAAUUAUUAAUCCGUAAUGGGCUAACAGUAGUAUGUAUAUACACACAAUCCCUUCUCGUUUUCGUUCCAGCGGCCAGGGUUGAUUCCUCCAUCUUCUUCACUCUCCCAGUUUACAAUUCAGAUCCAACCAGCAUCUAUACUUCUGGAACUUCCUAUUUUCCGUGUUAGCUGCAAAGGCCUUGGAGCUAUUUCAGUUACCCUUGGCUCAUUAUAAAGGACAGUAGGGAAUGCAGAAAGAUGUGCUUUCCCGCUAGGAAGUGUUUGUUUGAUUUUGACGAGGUCAGAGCUCAAUCUGAGCCUUCCUCUAAUACCAUCGAUGAGAUUGCCAUAAUAAUAUUAUCCCACCAGCUUGGAUUCUUCCAAGAAAUCUCAGCUUUUGCUAAAAAUGGUUCCGGGGGACAAUUAGUGUCUUUUCACGAUCUCUCUGAAGACGGUUAAACCUGCAGUUCUAAAACAGUAGCAAAUCCGUUCGGAGUUUGCCUUUCGUCAAAGAAAACAUUGAGAUGGAGAGUAAAGGGAGUUUACUUAUGCAAAGAUAUGAAUUAGGGAAAUUGUUAGGACAAGGGACAUUUGCCAAAGUGCACCAUGCGAGGAAUCUCAAAACUGGGAUGAGUGUGGCCAUCAAAAUCAUCGACAAGGAGAAAAUCUUUAAGGUUGGAAUGAUGGAGCAAAUUGAGCGGGAGAUUUCCAUUAUGAAAAUGGUCCGACAUCCGAACAUAGUCCAACUUUACGAGGUCAUGGCCAGCAAGACAAAGAUUUACAUAGUUCUGGAAUACGCCAAAGGUGGCGAGCUCUUUGCCAAGGUUGCCAAAGGCAAGAUGAAGCCUGAUGUGGCAAGAAAGUAUUUCCAACAGCUGAUAAGUGCAGUCGACUUUUGUCACAGCAGGGGUGUUUAUCACCGGGAUUUAAAACCUGAAAAUCUUCUUCUAGAUGAAGAUGGGAAUCUAAAGAUCACAGAUUUUGGAUUGAGUGCACUUUCCGAAUCUAAACGCCAAGAUGGGUUGCUUCACACAACGUGUGGGACUCCAGCCUAUGUUUCCCCGGAAGUUAUUAACCGAAGAGGUUAUGAAGGUGCUAAAGCCGAUAUUUGGUCUUGCGGGGUCAUCUUAUACGUUCUCUUGUCUGGAUAUCUCCCUUUCCAAGACCAAAACCUGAUGGAGAUGUAUAGGAAGAUAUGUCAAGCCGAGUUUAAGUGCCCUAAGUGGCUCUCAACAGAUGCAUGCAAGCUGAUUUCGAAGAUAUUGGACCCGAACCCGAGCACGCGGAUCUCCAUUUCCAAAAUAAUGGGUAAUUGCUGGUUCCGGAAAGGGUUGGAUCUGAAAGCAUCAAAACCAAACCAGGAGGACCCAGAAGUAGGAGAGACGCUGAAGAAGAAGCUGGAGUCUACAAAACUCACAAACUUAAAUGCGUUUGACAUUAUAUCUUAUUCUUCGGGGUUUGACUUGUCAGGACUGUUUGAGGUGGGAAGAAGAAGCGAUGAGAAGAGAGAGUCAAGGUUUACAUCAAUGCAGCCAGCGCAAACUAUCAUAUCGAAGCUUGAGGACACAGCUAAGGAGUUACAGCUGAAAGUAACAAAGAAGGAAGGGGGGUCUUUGAAAUUAGAGGGGUUGAAACUGGGAAGAAAAGGGGUUUUAUCCAUUGAUGCUGAAAUAUUUGAAGUCACUCCUGCUUUUCAUAUGGUUGAGAUGAAGAAGUCAGAUGGCGAUACGCUCGAGUAUACGAAUAUCAUGAAGCAAGGAAUAAGGCCGGGCUUGAAAGACAUUGCAUGGAGUUGGCAAGGUGAUGAGCUAAAAGUUGAUCAACCUGACAUAGUGACAUGCACUUGAAUCCUUCCAUCUUUGCUGUUUCCAAAUCCAUUUGUUGCUCAACUAUGCUUUUUAUACAUUCCUGAUGCCUAAAGCCCUAAAUUAUGCAUCUUUUGUUUCUCUCUUUCUAUCUUUUAAUCUUUCAUGGCUUCAGUAAUGAUCUUGAAUGGAACUUCAUGUUUGCAAUUUACUCUCGGGGCUUUCUUUCAUUUCCAUUGUUCACCAUGUAUAUUUUCAUUUGAAUUGCAAUGGAUUAAUUAAAAAAAAUAUAUUAUCAAUUCAUUUAUGAAAAAUCUAAUAUACGGACAACGUCAAUUGACA